UUAUGGAAUUCACAAUUUUUCAUUAAUCCUUGCGCAUGGAAAAUAGCUUUUACUUUCAUGUAGCCCGAGCUUUGGUAAUUCGCAUGCAGUUUCUCCUCUACGUAACACUCUUAAAGCUCAAGGCAAUUCAUUAUUGUCUUAUAUUUUAACCAAGCUGAGAGGAAGACGUUAUAAAGUAGUUAAAACAAUGGGGUGUUUUAGCAGUAAAGAUCGUUUAACAAAAGAAGACAUGGAUUUCUUAAAAUCACACACUCGCUACGAUGAAGCAACAAUUAAAGAGUGGUAUAAAGGUUUUAAGCAAGAUUGCCCAAAUGGCCGCCUAACACCAGCUAAAUUUGUCGAUAUGUAUAAAAUGUUUUUCCCAUCAGGAAACGCAGAAGAAUUUUGUGAUCAUGUUUUUCGAACGUUUGACAUGGACAAAAAUGGUUACAUAGACUUUAAAGAAUUUCUGUUGGCAAUCGAUGUAACCUCGAGUGGUACACCCGAAGAGAAAUUGAAAUGGGCAUUCCGAAUGUAUGAUGUUGACGGAAAUGGUGUUAUUGAUAUUCAAGAGAUGACUAAAAUUGUACAGGCAAUAUACGACAUGUUAGGGGCUUGUUCUUCAAACCGUCCGGCGGAUUCAGCUGAGGAAAGAGCAAAAAAUAUUUUUGCUAAAAUGGAUGAAAACAAUGAUGGCCAAUUAACUCAAGAAGAAUUUCUAAAAGGAUGCUUACAGGAUGAAGAACUAUCAAAAAUGCUGGCACCAUAAAACUAUUUUAUAUUAGUAAUAAUUAAUAAGUCACAAAAAAUGCACAAAUGCGAAUCUUAUCAUAUCAAUGUUUGUGCGUAUAUUAUUACAUAGCUAUCAACUUAAAUAUUUUUAAUACAUUUUGUAAUGUAUCAUGUUUUUAUACUAUCUUUAUAUUCGAUUUAAUUGGGAUACAAGUUUAAAAAACAAAACCAAACAAAACAAAAAAACAAUCUUUAACAAAAACAAAAAACAAAAAAAUAAUAAUACUACUUUUCGAACAAACAUCAUUUCAGACGUAGCAACAGAUGUUACUUGAAUUCUGAAUAUUCUGGAAUUCCCGGGACGACUCAGCACAACAAGUAAAAGAUUUUGUACCAGGGCAAAGGGUUAAACCAAGACCAAAGGCUGUUUUGAAUAAGACAUCUCGGCAGCUAUGUGAAAUAAAAACAAAUAAACAAAAACAAAACAAAAAAACAUUUGUGGUACUCACGAUUCGAUUCAACAGGUUGUCAUAAUAAUUGCAGAAAUUAUAAUAAAAAUAAUAAAUUAUAA